CAGACAGCGGAAAAAAGAUAGUAAAAAAAGGUUCAUUAUAUCCUGAACUAUAGGUUUGGGGUCUUGGCCAGGCUCUGCUGACAAUCAGCGGAGCAUAUUUUUUGUGAUGCAUUUCGUAAUGGCUGCCUGGGGCUCUUGUGACCGAGACGCUGAUACGAUUCCUAACGAAUUCAACCAAUCGUUCGAGGAUAACUUCGCUGAUCUGAAAGCAGUGCACCAGCCUUUGCCCGACUCAAAGGAGUACCUCGCUAGUUUGGAAAAAAAGCUGUCAAAGCUGCAGCAGCAGAGGGGCAAGAAGGACUUGAUUCAAAGCUUGGCUACCACACGUGACUCUUACAUGAGGAGAUUCCUCUCUGAGAGCAGCGAUAUAACGAGCAGUACCAUCACCCCUGAUAUUGACUUGGAGCAGCCAAUUGAAGUGAGUGAGGUCGUGCGCCGAGUAGCUCCUGAACAGCCUUUGAAUCCUGGAGAAUUAGUUGAGUUGCUGAAAGCCGACCAGCUGGAGCAAAAUGGAGUGGAAUAAGAAGAGUUUCGUCAUUGUGUCUGGCGCCAGCAAGGGCAUCGGCCGCACCAUCGCAGUCGAGUUUUCCAACAAAGUGGCGCCUGGAUCCAAAUUUGUGCUGUUAGCCAGGUCAAAAUCUGGUUUGGAGGAAACUAAAAGUCUGUGCUGCCCGAACGUGCUGGUCGAAACUCUCUCUGUGAAUCUUGAGUCGCCUGAUGAGCAAACUCUUAAGGACUUCCUCUCCGCAGCAGCCGCAAAUCCUGAGGAGUAUGAAAGAGCAGUCGUCGUACACAACGCCGGCUCUCUCGGAAACUUGCAGCGCACAGCCAAAGAUUUUGACGACCUAGACGAAAUCAAUAAGUACUUCAAUCUCAACGUCGGAUCGAUGAUCCUGCUGAACACCUUGUUCCUACAAGCAUUCCCUGAGUCUGACGCGUACAAGAGGCUAGUGGUCAACAUCACAUCGCUCUGCGGCAUCAAGCCAUUCCAGGGAUUUUCCAUGUACUGCACCGGAAAAGCGACCCGAGAAAUGUUUUUGAAAGUGCUUGCCCUGGAAGAGCCGACUGUUACUGUUCUCAACUAUUCUCCAGGACCGGUGCUGACAGACAUGGCUGACGAGAUCCUUGCAGGCCUCCAAUGCCAUGAGCUGCGGAAGCCUUUCGAGGAUUUGCGAUCAAAUGGCCAGUAUUUGACAACUGAGAAAACGGUUGAAAAGUUGAUGCAGCUUCUUGAAAGUGGCAAGUUCAAGUCCGGCGACCACGUUGAUGUGUUUGACUUUUAAUUACGUUCCAAACAUUAUUUACAGUACGUUAAAUUUAAAGACUAUACUUGUAUAUUAUUCAAUGAAUAAAGAUAUUUAAUCAAGCAUACAUUAUUUAGCAUUUAGCUUCAUAACUAUGCAGGUGGUGCCUCUACUACUGUAA